UUCACACGAUAUAAAAACACCUCUAAAUCUUAAACCCUAAUUUUUCAUUCCUCCGGCUUAGGACGUCUCCACUCAUUGAACAGGUAAUGGCUCCAAAACAACCGAAUACAGGCCUUUUUGUUGGGCUGAACAAGGGCCACAUAGUCACCAAGAAGGAGUUGGCUCCACGGCCCUCUGAUCGCAAAGGAAAAUCAAGCAAAAGGGUUCUUUUUGUCCGGAGCUUGAUCCGGGAAGUUGCUGGUUUCGCCCCAUAUGAAAAGAGAAUCACUGAGCUUCUUAAAGUCGGUAAAGACAAGCGUGCUCUGAAGGUAGCUAAAAGAAAGCUUGGAACUCACAAGAGGGCCAAAAAGAAGCGUGAGGAGAUGUCCAGUGUGCUAAGAAAGAUGAGGGCUGGUGGAGGUGGUGAGAAGAAGAAGUGAGAUCACUACACUAGUGUUCAUUUAUUCAAAGUUUCUCUCUGUCUACUCUUUUUUUGUUGUUUUACUACUGAAUUUGUUAAGAGACUGAACUCUUUGCUGUAGACUAUUUCAGUUUUGUUAUCUUUAAACUCGUUUUACUAACGCCCAAUUUUGUUA